AUGAGUAGCUGGGGAAUUAUGUUCAACACAUUUGAAGAUUUGGAAGUGUUUUAUAUUGAGCACAUGAAGAAACAAAUUGGACGUGAUAGGGUAUGGGUCGUGGGCCCAUCACUCCCCUACGAAGAUGGCCCGAUGGCGGUGGUUACCAUUGUACGUAGUGGGUCGAGUGCAGUGCCACCUGAUGAGCUGCUCAUGUGGUUGGACAAAAAGCCCAAUGACUUUGUUGUUUAUAUAUUCUUUGGGAGCCGAGGGACAUUAAGUGAGAAUGAAAUGAGUGCGUUGACAAGUGCACUUGAACUUAGUAACGUUCACUUUAUCUUGUGUAUAAAGGCAAGCGAUUCAAGCUUCAUUCUAAGUGGAUUUGAAGAUUGGGUGGGGGUCGAGGGUUUAUAG